AUGAACCUGAAUCCUCUUACUAAACAAGGCAAGGCGCUGCACUGUGAGGUCUGUGAAAUGAUUGUAGAAAAAUGGUUAGAGGGUUCCAGUGAUUUUGUUACAAAUAGUAUAUGCAUGGUGAGUCCUGAGACUCAUUUUGUGAAUAGUCAAGAGUUCUGGCCUGUCCACAUGCACAACCAGUGAGUCCCAGUUAAAAAACAGGGAGUCCUUAAUUGAAAAUGCUUGGUAUGGGCCUUUUAACCAGACAGUUAAUCUGGAGACAGAUGCCAAGACUUUUUGUGACAGUUUACUAAAAUGAAAAUAUAGUCCUAUAUAUUUAAAGCACAAAAAGACUAAAAUGAUUAUAUACAUCUUUAAACAACAGCUACAGAAAUCGCACAAACAGGAUAUUCUACCAACAAAUCUUCAAAUCGAUCGAUCAUCCUUUGCAUCCUACGGGAUGCAUGCCAUGAAUUAUUUUGCGUCUUUGGAUAAUUUUUUGUGUGAGGGACACAAGAUGCAGAGGUAACAAAAUCACUGGGGUUUGAAACCAUUCCAAAUAGUGCACCAGUUUAAUUUACUGAGAAGGACGGUAACAAAUAUUGUUGAUCGUUUCAUAUGUCCAGGAAGCCCCUACACAGAGUUUUUUAAACAGCGAUGACCAAGUAUGUAUGCUACGGAAAUACAAAAACAUUUAAUCGAAAAUCAGGUUGUUGACCCGCAAAGGUUCGAUAAGUCAUGUAUUGACACGUGAUUUCGGUUACUCUUGCAAAGAGUUGACAAUAGUUCCAAAAGAGAGCUUAAUCUAAUAAUAUGAUAAUGCUUGACUGAGAACGCUCAAGAAAAAGUUGAAGCAUAUAUUUUUUUUCAGUAACUGUGAUCCCAGGAAUAGGUACUUCUUUGACGAGAACUCGGUGAUUAAAACAAUUGGAAAGUGAAGUUACUGUUGAGCAAACUUGUGAAGCUCAGUCGUAGUUGACAACUAUGUCUUGAAGUUCGCAAUUUGAUUCCCUAACUUGCUAAGUAAUUGGCUACUUCGUGAUGUAGUACCCAAUUUUCCAACGAACUUUGCAACAUGGUGUGGUAAAUAAUGUGAAAUCGACUGUAACAGAGUGAUCCAGACUUUAAGAGCACUUUCCAUUUGUCGGAACUGGCCAGCCGGACCAUUGUCCAACCAGUCGGUUUGAUAUUGAAAUACGCUUUUGCCAAGAGUUUUUGCUGAACAACCAUUUCCUUGGUGCAUACUACUUAGGAUUUGACUGAUCUGGCUGGAGAGAUUUGAUUAAAAUGGAAAUUCUCAUUGUGUUGGGAAUGGUUUGGCCGGUCAGUUCUGACAAAUGGAAAGCGCCCUAAGUCUUCAUUUCAGUGGACAGCAAAACCAGCAGUGGAGUUAAACUAGUAAAACCACUUUUAUUUAUCCUGUAUUACCCUGCAGUUCUAUGAAAACAUCAUAUUGACCAGGGGGAAGGAGGGUACUCCUUAAAUAUGUUCUCUUGAAAUCCAAACAAUGUUCCCACAACUUGCAAAGCAACCAGCAGAUUUGUUUACUGAUCAUUCCUUGAAUAUCCACACUCAUAGCUCAGCAUACAUUGUCGUCAGUUAAGAUGUUACAUGGUUGCGGUGACUGUCACAUUUUUUUUAGUUUCCCUUGCGUCUUCAAUACCAAGAAACAAUUACAACAUGUGAGAAAAACAAAGAGGCAUGAUAUUUUUGUCAAUUAUUGACUUAUUUUCUCUGUUGGUUCGCCUCUCACUGCUAAAAUAUUUACUUUAGGAAACACAUGUACAUGUAUAUCCAGCAUAUCACAUUGAAUGUUUGGCUUUCAAGCUAGAUCAAACUCUUUCGAAUGAAAGAGUUUGAUGCAGCUCAGCCAUUCAACAAAACCCACUCACAAAAAAAAAUUGAAUAGAUCAUUUGAUUUUUGAAGUCAGUCAAACAUUGAGUUGGGUUAUCAAACAAAGUGGAACUCACAUAAGGAACACUCGAAUGGAACAAAAACAAGCGUUUCAGUUCCAAGCAAUUGAUGACAAGUGUGUUAAUUAUUGAUCUAGUGUGAAAGCAGUCAAGGCGAUGUAAGAUCCUGCUUCUUUUAUUAUUUCCAUUUCAGAGUUAAAUUCUAAAAUAAACAUUUUGUUUACCAAGGAAAAAGUCUUUAAAUCUGCAAGUUGAAAUCAUCUUAGGAAUCAUCUCAGUUAUUACUCUUCACUCCUUAGUGGGCCUCAAUAAUAUUGUAGCAUAUUCUGAAUCCAGCACUUGUCAGAUUUCCCUGGCUUGUUGAGUUGACUCAGUUUUCACAUUUUAUUUUUUUCCAAUAUAAUUUGGUUUGUUUCGAUUUUGUUCAGGCAUCAAACUCUCCAGAAAGCUGGUUUGAUAUUGUUUGAUGGCCAAACUGUUUUGUUCGGGGGAGUUUGAUGGGAACUUUGUUUUGCGUAAUACAUUGUACACCAGAAGUAUACAUUUACUGCAGUAAAUUAUCUGCUGCCCACCAGGGUUAUCGCUUUACAAGUUGUGAGAACAUCAUUUCUUGCACCCAGACCUUGUUACUUUCCCCUGCUUCGCCUGGUAUUGACCCUGUACGUGUAGAUGAUAAUGUUCAACCUGAGGGAGGUUGUGCCCUUGAAAAGUAGGCUUUUUGUUGCUGGUACUGGUAAUCAUAGACAGCCUCUGUUUACAUUUACAUGUACAUGUAACCCCUGGUCCAUAGUCUUAACGUUGCAGGUUGCGGGCAACGUAAUGUACUAGCUAUUACUAUGAAACACAACUGUAUGCAUGUAAAAUUAUUGUAAUGUGAUGAAUCAGGGUUGUCAGAAAGUUUUGAAGUAGACAGCUGAGUUGUCAAAAAUAAUAAGCGGCCAGUAAAUUAUAUGUAUAUUACUCAUUUAGUAUUUUUUAUUCGUAUGAGAAUAUCUACAUUAGUAAAGUUGUCUUACUGCUAAAAGGUUUUCCCUCCCCCCCCUCCCCCGAUAGCCUGGGGAAUAGCUUCUGUGUUUUACUUAUUAGCACUUUGUUUUGUUUUUCAUACAACAGGCCAGGCAGAUCACCUUGGUAUGUGAUGUUGGUGUAGAACGUUCUCUCAAAGCAGGCUGGUUCAUGGAACUUAAUUUCAGUCUCAAGUUACUGUGCUUUAUGCUUAGUCCAGUUCUGCAAAUGUUAAUCUUGAAAUACUACUUCUAUGCUAAAGACAAAAAAUGUCCAACUGCUACCUUGAGUGGGCAAGGUGAAGCAAACCUUGCACUCUAA